UUCUGUCAUUGGAUGUCCUACGCGCGCCUAGCGCGUGUGUUAAUCCUCCCCUACCCCCUAAACGGUGUGUCACAUGUGUUUCUGAUUCAGACCGUCAUCAGAAGUCUUCUCUCGGUUGGAAUAUUUUUCACCUGAGGUUCACCUCUCCUCAGACAACAUUACAGAAAACACUGAUUGUGAUACAAGAAAAGAACUGUGAUAUUUUGUUUGUUUAUACAUCGUUUUUUAUUGACUCAUCUUUUUAAUAAGUUCGUUUGCAUUCGAGCUUUUUUUGUCGCAAUUCUUUCUUUUUUUUUAUACUUAUUAUUUAUAGAAUAUUGGUUUAUUUAUUGUUCGGUCUGGAUUACUACAUUGACGACGAUAUGUCGGACAUUGAGCAUCAGUUGAUGACUACGACAAAUAUUCAGCAAAAAGAUACCACAUUGACGAAAAUAUUCGUCGGGGGCUUACCCUAUCACACCACCGACAAGUCUCUGAGACAGUUUUUCGAAGCUUUCGGUGAUAUAGAAGAAGCUGUUGUCAUAACGGAUAGACAGACCGGAAAAAGCAGAGGAUAUGGUUUCGUAACAAUGUCCGACAGAGAAUCUGCAGAACGUGCAGUCAAAGAUGCCAAUCCCAUUAUAGAUGGUAGGAAAGCAAACGUCAAUCUUGCAUAUUUAGGUGCAAAACCUAGGCAAAAUGCUCAAAGUGAUUUUUUAUUUUCAGGUUUCUCUCCGCUAAGGUCUACAUAUCCAUUAAUGAUUCCAAGUCAAUAUGGUCCUCAUUAUCCGCACUACCUGUAUCAAUCACCAUAUUUGCCAACUCCAGGAUUGAUCUUGUCUAAUCCCACUGCAGCUCAUGCUCCUUUGUCUCCUGCAGCCGCAGCAGCUGGAAGUCCACUUUACACUGAGUACGCUGCAGCUUAUCCAGCACAAUUCGCUAAUGGACUAGAGCUUGGAUUUGCACCGUUUGCCGCUGCACCCUUGGCCACCACAUCAGCCGCUCAUCACCUUCACACUAAUGGCGGUGGAUCAGCCCCUGCGCCUAUUCCAUCCUACCUGACUCCUACAGCUCACUCAGCAGCAGCUUAUGCUUACGCUUUGCAAGCACCACCACACCACCAACAGAUUCCUACUGGGGCACCAGCUCAUUUUUCAGUGCCAUACCCAGCUCAACCUCAAGACGCCAGAAUGCAGUAACAAGUUUAACAGAGUAUGGGUGCAUAUAGUGUUUGAUGAUUAAAAGACAUAAACAACUAGAUUGGAGCGUACAUAGAUGGAUGGCCGAUUCACUGUCUAAUUUGUAUAGGCUAUGCCAUUAAAGUUAGGGCUAUAAGAAAGCCAACUCCAGUUCUAUGCUAAUUUCAUGGCUGAUUAACUAUCUAAUUUAUAUAAGAUGUACAAUUAAGAGCUAGUUAGGAGAGAACGAAGAAAUUCCCGACCAUGCUGAAUUCGCUUGAGCUUAUUGCAAUAAAUCUUUCAUACGGCUAUAUAUAAUAAGCCUUAUGAAAGAUUUAUUGCAAUUAUUAUACUUUGAAAUUUAGACUUCUCUGAGCUUAUUGGAAACUAUCUAAAAUAAAUCAUAUUAUAUUGAGCAAUGAAUGCUAUAUUUUCUAGUUAGUCUAAAGUUAUUUGAGCUCACUGUAAUAAGCCUGAAGUGUGUCGGACUGAUUUCAAAAUACUAGAGACUAUUACUAUUGCAAUUGGCCUUGGCACAUUGCAACUGGCCGGGGGCUCUUUCUCAAGAGCUGGAUUAUUUUAUUAGCCUAUAACACUGUAUUUUGUUUCUGCGGACACAAUCACAAAGGCAUGAUUUCAGCUGCAGUAAAUUUGAAGGGAUUUCAAACCAUUUUUAACUAAAUUCUUAGUGUUAAAAUUUUAAAUAUUUUAACCGUUGAAAUGCAUCUUAAGGUUGAAAGAAUUAUAAUAAGUUUUAAUAAUUGAUGGGACAAUGGACUUUUAAAAUAGAUAUUUUGAUUCUAAAAACCUACUACUAAGCCUUAUUACGUAUGCAAGAUACUUCAAUUCGAUACCAAAUUUCCCUUUUCUAAAUAUUUAGUCACAAAUAAGGUUUAGAACAUAUGACUUGAAAAGAAGAUAUUUAAGAAAAAGAAGAUUAAAGAAGAAAUAAUUAAAUUUUUAUUUUGUGUUUAAAAAUUUAAAUCAUAUCAUGUAACAUUGUUUUGACCUUAUUUGCGACUAAAAUAUUUAUAAGUCAAAAUGACAGUUUUUAAAAAAAAUUGUUAUACAAAGUUUAUUUUAAAUUAAAUGUGUAGUUGGACAAUCGAAAUAAUUAAUGUUUCGCUAGAUUGCAACUUAUUUUUAUCACUGUAUGAGAAAACGAUUCAAUUUCUACAUCUAUACAUGGUGUAAAUUAUUGAAAAUAAAAAAGUUUAUUUUUAAGAUUUUAAAACUCCAUUGACCCCUUAAGCUGAAACUCAACAAUUCAUAAUAAAAGGAAUUUUCUUUGUUUAACUUAAAGAAAAAAAUUUGAUGUCACUAUGUAGUGACGCAGUCGUUUAAGUAGUUUUAAAUUAACUUUUUAUACUUCCUCUGUUCCAAA